AUGGAGUGUGGAGAGGCAGCUAGCACAGGGGCUGCUUUGGGCCAGGACAGCUCAGUGUCCCCAGUCCUCAUGGUCAACCCCCAGGCCAGGCUGAUGGUUGUGGUGGAAGUAGAGGGAGGGCGAAGAGGAUCAGGCCCUACAGUCCUUCUGGAGGGGCCCAAGAGCAUCCGCUUGCUUCAGCCGGGUACUCCAGAUGCCCAGGAGGCUGAGCAGGAGCUGCUAGCACGAGUCCAGUCCACACUAGGCUUGGUGGCCCAAGGGUACAGUGUGGCCCUAUUGCUUCGGGGUCGGGAAGCAGAGACACCCCGGCUUGUACCUCAGCUGUUGCAGAUGCUGUUUGAGGAAGCUCUGCCUCCGGGGGGCCCUGAUCCUGUGCUUACUACCCUUAGCCUGGUGCAGCUCAGCCCCUGCGGGAAGACUCGGGACCUGCUCUCUCCAGGGACAGAGAACUUGUCAGUGCUAGAUGUGUCCCCCCUGGGCUUGGUAGUGGAAAAUGCCAGUGAGGUGGAGGUGUCUGACUCAAGAGUGGCCUCAGGGCUGUACUUGCAGGCUGCAGGCGAUGAAGGCAGAGAUUGCCCCCUGCUGCAGGUAUUGGCUGGUAAGGUUAUUGGUGAGGAGGUGGAAGGCUCGUUGCCCUGGAUUGUCUCGCGGCUCCUGGAAGGAAACAACUACAGUGGCCUUCUUCUUCGCCUGGACCCUCAAGGUGGCUCCCUGAGCUUGCUCUGGGAUGCUCUUUUGGGGGCCGAGGGAAGGAGGAUGCGGGCGAAACAGGUGAGGCCCACCCUGUGGGAUGCAGUAGAAGAGGGCCGGGCCCGCCGGGCUGGCCUGAAGAGCCUGCGUUCAGGCCUCCUUGGAGACAACCUGACGGACAGUGGGCUCAGCCAGUUGGGCAGGGCAUUGCGAGAAUUGCAGGUAGUAAAAGCCUGGAGCCGGUGCCCAGGGAGCCAGAUGCUCAAAAGGAUGAAAGCUGAGGCUGUGAGGCUCCCAGAACUACAGGUCCCAGAUGUGGCCUUGCAGUUCUUCUUGGCCCAGGCCCGGAGGAAGAGACUGCACGAACAGCACCAAAUAUGGAUCCAAGAGGAACUGAAGCGUUUGGGACAGGAGGAGGUGGUGGCAGGUGACCAGGUCAAAGCCCGGGUAAUUGGAAAGGAGGCCUCCAAGGAGAGGCAGAGAUGGCCUCGGGAGCAGACGAUGCUGAGACUGCGGCUGGAGGCCCUUCAAGCAGAGCAGGACACUGCGGAACAGGACCUUACAGCCCUCUAUGACCUGCACGUGCAGGCUGCCCGAGCUCAGACACGCCACAUGCUGCAGGUAUUCCAAGCCUGGCGAAGGAUGUGGGAGGAGCAGACCAUGACCACAGAGCAUCACCACCGCAGCCUACUGGCUGGUGUCCUACAAGACAACAUCAAUCUGGCCAAGCAGAACCAGGAGCUCCAAGCCCAGAACCAGCAGCUUCAGCAGGGAGUAGAUUAG